AUGAGUGGUGUCACAGUUUGGGAGGGGGGUGAUGAAGCUGAGGAGGAGGAGGAGGCGCGCUCUUCUCCCCAGUGGUCAGAGGAGCGCUGCGAGGAGCUUUGGGAGCGCGUGGAGGGGGUGCGCCACAAGCUCACCCGCAUCCUCAACCCGGCCAAGCUCACGCCGUACCUGCGCCAGUGCAAAGUCAUGGAUGAGCAGGACGAGGACGAGGUGCUGAACUCCACGCAGUACCCUCUGCGCAUCAGCAAGGCCGGCCGCUUGCUGGACAUUCUCCGUAGUCAGGGCCAGCGAGGUCUUCAAGCCUUCAUGGAGUCGCUGGAGUUUUACCAUCCCGAACAGUACACACAGCUGACCGGAGAGCAGCCCACGCAGCGAUGCUCCCUCAUACUGGAUGAGGAAGGUCCAGAGGGCUUGACUCAGUUCCUGCUGCUGGAGGUGCGGAAAAUGAGGGAUCAGCUUCGAAACAGCCGCCUGUGCGAGCGCCGCCUGUCUCAGCGCUGUCGGAUGGCGGAGGAGGAGCGCGGCAGAGCUGAACGCAAGGCUCAGGAGCUACUGCGAGACAGAAUGCAGCUCGAGAGGCUGCGUCAGGAGUGGGAGUCGGCCAGUCGUGAGCUUGGAAAGAUGAAGGACAGACACCUGGAGCAGGCCGUCAAAUACUCCAGGGCCUUGGAGGAGCAAGGCAAAGCGACCACCCGUGAGAGGGAACUGCUGAGGCAGGUGGAAGAGCUGAAAUCGAGGCUGACAGCAGCAGAGAAACAAACAGCAGAUAUGCCUGGCAUUGCUAAAAAGGGCGGCUCCGUCUGCAAUGGAACCGACGGCUCUCCACCGGCUUUACCCGAGAAGCCGCUGCGCCGCAUGGACGCCCAGAGUACGGACACCACAGGAACUGAAGCCAGGAACCACGUCCCCUCCAAUGGGGUCAUUGCUCUGAUGGAUAUCCUGCAACAGGACCGCAGAGAGGCUGCGGAGCAAAGGCGAGAACUGUGCGACGUCAUCACCAGACUGCAAAGGGAGCUGCAGAGCGCCGAGGAGCUCAGGGACAAGUUGGAGACACAGUGUGAACAGCUCCAGCUAAAAGUCAGAACUCUCCAGCUGGACUGGGACACAGAGCAGAAGAGAACCGUGUCCUAUUUGAACCAAAUCAUUGAACUGGAAAAGGAGAGAGACCAGGCCCUACGCAGCCGAGACAGUCUGCAGUUGGAGUACACCGAGUGCCUGCUGGACAAGAACCGCCUGCGCAAACGCAUUGUGGAGCUGCAGGCCAGCCUGGAGCAGCAGGAGAGGGAGCUGGAGAAAGAGCAGGAGAAGUGUCGGGAGCAACAGAGCCCCUGUUUGCACUGCUCCCACCUGUCUCUGUGGAGUGAGGACCAGUGCUUCGGACCCUGCUGCUCUCUUGACCUGGAUCUGAGCCCCCAGCCCAGCACCUCCCAUCUGGUGCAGAGAAAGACUCCCCCCAGAGGUCCAACCAAUGGCAAUUUAGAGAGUUCAUGUUCCAACUCAGAGGAGAAUCUCCUGUUCUCAACAAAAGACGAUGAAAAGGAAAUAAAUCGGCUCUCCACUUUCCCCUUCCCUCCCUGUAUGAACUCAAUCAACCGACGUUUUAACACAGAGUUUGACAUGGAGUCGUGGGGUAGCGAUGAAAAUGAUAACAUUUCAGGGGAGCAGGGUGAACCCUCUCUCUGGGAUUCCUGGACCUCCCUACACUCUCAUCUCUUCCCCCCCGACUUGGUCAACAUGGCCACGGUUUCUUCACAUGCACCCAAACCCGGUGUUUCCAGGAAUCCCACCUCUCUUAACUCCCCCUCUUCGAGUCCCCCCAUCUCAUCAAAGCUUCAAAGAACCAGCCUGGCAGACAGUAUCACAAUAGUUGGGGGAAAUCGAACAGGGAUCUUUGUCAGCCAUGUGAAAGCGGGCUCUCCAGCGGAGCAGUGCGGGCUGAAAGAGGGCAGUGAGCUGCUGGAGCUGGAGCGGGUUCUGUUUGGUGGGGGGAGCGUGCUGCUGGGUCAGUGCACGGCUGAGGUGGCCCACUUCUCUCUUCAGUGGUGGACAGAACUCUCAACACUCAAACACCAAAGCAAUGAAGAGGCUUAUUCCAAGCUGUGCUCGGAGCUGGCCUCGCCCGCUUUCACGGGGGCUGACUCCUUCUACGUGCGCGUUAAUCUCAACAUUGAGCCGCAUGGCGAGCCGCCGUGCCUGGGCGUCUCCUGUGACGACAUCAUACACGUCACAGACACAAGGUACAACGGGAAAUACCAGUGGCACUGUUCCCUGGUGGACCCGAUCACGGCCAAGCCCCUUCAGACAGGGACCAUGCCCAACUACAACAGGGCACAGCAGUUGCUACUCGUAAGGUUACGGAAAAUGGUGCUGCAGGAAAAGGACCUAAAGAAGAAGGUGUUUAACAGGAAAACAGCAGGCCGCGUUCGAUUGGUCAAGGCAGUGAAUCCCAGCUGCCGAGGGGUGGGCUCUACUCAACAAGUGCUUUACUCACUCAGCAAACGCCAUGAAGAGCAUUUAAUCCCGUACAGCUUGGUGCAGCCAGUCAGGAUACAGACCAGGCGUCCUGUCAUUUUCUCCCCGUCUCUUCUCUCCCGGGGUCUGAUAGAGAGGCUGCUGCAGCCAGCGGAGUCUGGCUUGAAGUUUAACACCUGCCCUCCAGAGCCCAUUCAAGUGUCAGAGAGAAAGGACAAGAGCAUAUUCCUUUUGGAUUCAUCUAGCCCGGCCCAGACUCUGGGCAUAAGGCUGCAGUCUAUACAGGAUGUUAUCGGCCAGGACAGGCACUGUCUGCUGGAACUGGGGCUGCCCAGUGUUGAGGGUUUACUGAGACAGGGGAUUUAUCCCAUUGUCAUCUAUAUUCGCCCUAAAAAUAAAAAGCGUAAGAAGCUGAGGAAGUUUUUCCCACGGUGUGGGGAGGACGGUGUAAUGGAGGAGGUGUGCCAGGCAGAGGAGCUGCAGCUGGAGACCCUGCCCCUGCUUUACCACACCCUGGAACCCAACACCUGGAGCUGCACCGAGGAGCUGCUGGAGGCUCUGUGCAAUGCCAUCCACAGCCAGCAGCGGGCAGUGGCCUGGGUCGAGCUGGACAGACUGCAAUAGAAGGGGAACGUGUAAAACCCUAUCAACUCAUUAGCACAAACCCAGUUCUAGGGUCUAGGGAGCUGUUAGAAAAUACUAAGCCACAGAGAGGCCUCCACGGGGGUUACUGUACAUAAAUAAACCUAAAAAAUAUAACUUAGGCCAUAUCAGGCUUGUAUUUAUUCGUAGAAACUUUUUUAUUUGAAUAACUAAAGGUACUCUUAUUUCAAAACUCCUGUCUACCAGAAAUGUAAUCAAUCAAACUGAUUUAAGCAUUGAACUACAUAAAGACAGGUACAUUUUCAGAUCUAGCCAUAGACAUUCCUAUGUCAAAUGGUGUUGCCUUAAACGGGUAACUACUAUUGAGGUUUUAGAACGUAACAGUAUUGUCACAAUAAGGGGGGGGGGGUCUUAUUCACAAAUGAGAAUAAUAGCUGUAAGUCAGGAUGGCUGUUGCAUGUCAACUAUGCAUGUCUUAUUGUCUGAGUAUCCAUGGGCUGCUCUGUAAACACCCCAAUGUGAACCAGGUUUAAUUGAAAACCACUGUGAUGUUUAUCUUAUUUACACUUUAAGGAAACCGAGAAUUUCUUGGGAUUUUCAGGGGGAAGUCUGUUCGACUGAAGGUCAGUCAUUUGUAAAUUUCAAUGUACGCCAAACUGUGAUUUUUGGUUUCUGCUACUUUUUGAAAAAAAAAAAAAGAUUUAUACAAAUCUAAUUGACUUUGACUUCAUAAAUGAGUUCAAACAAACUAUAAACAUAAAGGCAUGGUAUAUGCAAGAUGCAGGCCGAAACAGCAUACACGGGAAAAUGUGGGAAAAUAUGUGGAUAUAACUGGAAUGAUUAUGUGUGGGAAGCCAUUAAGUCAAAGUCUGAGAUACGUCAACAUGUGAAUGAGAAUAAAACAUGGAAUAAUAUGAAGAACAAACAACACCAGAACCUUAGAAAUAGAGAGAAAUAGCAAGGAGAGGAAGUGGAAAAUUACAGGAAGUGAGGGCAACGUCAGUGCCACUGGUAAUUGGACUAUUAGGAAUGGGAUCUCCCAAACACAGCAGUGAGGCUUCAACAGAUCCCAUCAAUAUCCAAUUUUU